UCCCACCCAGCAUGGCCUGCCCCUACCUUACCGAACCGCAGCAAGCAGGACCGAGAGUUAUUGAGGCUCGUUUGCAACUUCAAAGCACCGCAGGCUGUGAAAACUGGAGGGAGAGAGAGAGAGAGAGAGAGACAGAAAUUAAGUCAACCGGACGAACAUGUUUGCCCAACUCCUCCUGCGCGGCGCUUUCCUCUUUGGAAUGGUCAUUUCCAGUCCUGUCCCAAAGAAGCUUUUUGGAGAGAUCCGGUCCCCCAAUUACCCCAAGCCGUAUCCAAACAACAACAUCAGCACGUGGAACAUUGACGUGCCAAAGGGCUUCAAAGUGAAGCUGAAGUUCUGGCAGUUCGAUUUGGAGCCGUCUGAGGCUUGUUUGUAUGACUAUGUCAAGAUCACAGCAGAUAAGAGAGACUUGGGCCGGUUCUGUGGCCAGGUGGGCUCAGCCGCUGGCAACCAUCCUGGAAGCAGAGAGUUUGUGUCCUCAGGGAACCGGAUGCAGCUGUCUUUCCACUCGGACUUCUCCAAUGAAGAAAAUGGCCAGCUUGUCUUCUACAAGGGCUUCCUGGCCUAUUAUCAAGCUGUUGAUUUGGACGAGUGCGCCCAAGGAAAUAGCAUCGAAGGAGAGCAGGGACCCCGGUGCCAGCACCUCUGCCACAACUACGUGGGGGGCUAUUUCUGCUCUUGCCAUCCUGGCUCCCGUCUCCAGAGUGACCAGCACUCCUGUAAAGUGGACUGCAGCAAUGAGCUGUUCACGGAGCUCUCUGGAUAUGUGUCAAGCCCUGGGUACCCCAGGCCCUACCCACCAGGCCUCCAGUGCAACUACAGCAUACGAGUGGAAAAGGGGCUGAUCAUCACACUCAAAUUUCUGCCACCCUUUGAAAUCGAGGAUCAUCAGCAAGUCCGCUGCCCUUAUGACCUGCUCAAGGUCCAGGUUGGGAGUGAAGAGAUCAGGGAAUUCUGUGGCAGAAGGCUCCCAGACAGCAUUGAAACUAACAGCUCAUCGGUGGACCUCCUUUUCUUCACAGACGAGUCAGGGUUCGGCCGUGGGUGGAAGAUCCACUACAGCACAGCAAGGAUCCGAUGCCCACAGCCUGUGCCAAACGACAAGUUCACCAUCAUCAAAGACCCACAGUCUGUCUAUCAGUUCCAGGACUACUUCAUUGUCAGCUGCCAGACAGGUUAUAAUCUAAUGGAGCAGGGAGAUGAGCGCCUGCUGUCUUUCACUGCCGUCUGCCAGGAUGACGGGACCUGGCACCGCCCCAUGCCCCGGUGUCAAAUUGUGAACUGUGGUGAGCCUAAGGUUCUGACCAAUGGGAUCAUUGAGCAUGUCUCCAGUCCAAGGGAUAACAACUACCAGUCGAUUGUCAGAUACCGCUGCAACGAGCCCUACUAUCACAUGGUCGCCCGCAGUGGGACAGGUGAAUAUGCUUGCUCUGCUAAGGGCUUCUGGAAGAACAAAGAUGAUAACGAGGACAUCCCAGUAUGUCUGCCAGUGUGUGGAAACCCGGAUAAUCCUGUCGAGCAAGUCCAGCGGAUUAUUGGUGGUAGCACAGCUCAGCCGGGCAACUUCCCGUGGCAAGCCAAGACCGUCAUCUCUGGGGCUGGGCGUGCUGGAGGGGCAUUGCUGGGUGAUCGCUGGAUCCUGACAGCCGCCCACACCGUGUACCCCAAGGGGCGAACCGAAUUUGAGGAGAGGAAGAGUCUCCAAGAGGUGGCUGAGAAGGCAGAAGUCUUCCUGGGCCAUGUAAAUGUGACCGAGCUCCACAUGCUGGGCAACCGGCCUGUCCUCAGGCUCUUUGUGCAUCCAGACUAUAACCCUGACAAUGAACAAGACUUUGACGGAGACAUCGCGCUGAUAGAACUGCGAGACCCCGUGACUCUUGGCCCCGACAUGCUGCCCAUCUGCCUUCCGGAUCCACGAAACACCUCCUUCUAUGUCCGGGGGCGGAUGGGCUAUGCCAGUGGCUUCGGUGUGGAGAAGCACAUCCUCUCCGACAGACUGAAGUACGCAGCGAUCCCCAUGGGUGACCGGGACACCUGUCGGGAAUGGCUGAAAGGGAAGAAGAUCCGUGGGAAAAACCCAGUUUUCACAACCAAUAUGUUUUGUGCAGGGUCUCCUCGGGAAGGGAAAGACACCUGUCAAGGGGACAGCGGGGGGGCCUACACCGUGCUUGACCCAGAGACUGGGCGCUGGGUGGCCACUGGCAUAGUCUCUUGGGGCCUUGAAUGUGGCAAAGGGUAUGGCUUUUACACUAAAAUAAUAAACUAUCUGGACUGGAUCAAGGGCAUUGUGGGGCAGGAUUGGGUCUGAAGGCCUCUGUGGCUCAGCAGCGCCAUAUAGCCAGCCUUCCAACAGAUAUUGGGGGAUAUAUACUUAUGAAGCAGGGCUGUCAAACUAAUUCCAGACAAGUAAAUAAUGCAUUUAAAUAAAUUUGCAUAUUAUCAUAACCUCAGUGUAGGUACCUUUUUGACAUGUUGUAUGGAGUAUAAGAUUAUUUGUAGUUUAUUGAAUGAAAGCUACCAUUCAUUUUUAAAAGCAUAGAUGCUUUUAUUGGUUUUCUUUGUCAAUUCCCUAUUACAAUAAUGCACCCAAACCAAAAUAGGCCAUAACUCUCUAUUCUACCUGUUAAAAUUGUGCAUACCACUUAAUAGACUAAAGCUUUAGGUGACCAAUCCACCAAUUACACCAGCAAAAUUUUCAGCUCAUCUUUGCACUCAUAGUUCUUGUUAUACAUUGGUGUACUGUAUGCUUUAGCAAUGUUGCAAACAUUUUUCUCCCUCUGUUCAAGAAGGAUUUUAUUUUCUUGUGGUUAGUUAGGCAAUUGAACAUGUUACAAGGGCCUUAAAAUAAACCAGGCAGAAAUGGAUUACA